CCUCUCGCUAUUCGCUUCACAAUACAAUCGUAGAAACCGAAUCUUCAGAAACUGUUUCGAAAUCAGCUCCAUUGUGAACUUUCUCUUAAUUUGCAUACUACAAGGGGAUAUAGCGUCAAACGUCAGGAGAAGGUGUGAGGUUAAGCUGACUGCGUAACAAUGGCACGAAAAAACAAAGCGGGGAAAUCAGGCGCUACGAAAACAGCCACGAAAACAAAGAAAGACAAAAACCUGUUCAAAGUGGCUGAAGGCAAGGGCAAAAAGAAGCCGAAGGAAGUUCAAGUGAAAUUGAAAAAGCUGAAAGCGGCCGUCAAGGAAAAGCAAGAAAAAGUGGAUGCUACUUUAAAAAAUUUACAUCAGGAAAUGGUUGUCAAGAAACCGCAAACACCGAAAGCAACGCCAAAGAAAGCAAAUAAAAAGGGUGGCGCGAAAACGAAAAAUAUACAGAAAAAGUUAGGAAAAAUCCAAGUCUAGUGUAGGGAGAAAUCAACACUCCCAACGUGUUAGACCGAAUUUAGAUAUAGUCAACGAAAACGGUUUCCUUACCCACAAAUAUGCAGAUUAUGGAAAAAAUCUGGAGAUUUAAAAUCAGUUUCACAUUCGGUACUUCUUUCGUUAGUUUACCUCAAUUUUUUCUUCUCUAAGGAUUUACAUUUUAUUCGAGUGAAUAUUUUUGUUUUGGUUUUGCAUUAAUUGUCUCAAUAAAUCAUUCAUUUUUAUUUGAAUCGCAUUUUCCCUGUUGGGGUAGACCUGUAAGCGGUCAAUUUUUCAAAUCAGCAUACUGUCAAGAGUUUUGGGAAUCUUCCUAAAAAUAAUCUGAGUUCUAUAACGGUUCAUAUAACAUAUAAUGGUUUUUAAAAUAUAAAAAGCUAAUCAUUAUAUACAUACAUUACAUGUAAAAUCGGAUACAUAAUCAAAUAAAAAGAAAAAAUAAGUACAAAUGAAA